CUAUUGGUGUAAGAAGAACAUCAGAAAUAAACUGAGAAGCACAGAGUAAAAAUAAUGGUAUAUUCAUCUUAGUAAGGAGUAUGAAACUCUUUGUGCAUAACCAGACAUCUGUGCCUUCAUUCCUGCUUCUGGAAUUCUCAGCCAUUAGGGAACUUCAAAUUCUACAUUCUUUUGUAUUUCUAGCCUUCUACUUGGCAACUGCAACAGCAAAUCUUCUCAUUAUCUCAGCUAUAACUUUUGACGAUCAUCUGCACAUUCCCAUGUACUUUUUUCUGAUGAACUUGGCAAUGCUGGAUCUUGCUUCUGUUUCAGCCAUUAUGCCUAAAUCCAUAGCAAAUUCUCUCAUGAAUAUCAGAAGUAUUUCUUAUUCUGGUUGUAUUUCUCAAGCUCUCCUUUUUGUUUCAUUUUUGACAUCUGAUUUCUUUCUUCUCACAGUAAUGGCAUAUGACCGAUAUGUUGCUAUUUGCAGUCCCUUGCAGUAUGAAAUGGUGAUGAACAGGAGAACAUGUGCUCAGAUGAUUGCUGGUGUAUGGGUCAGUGGCUUUUUCUUUGGAAUCCUACAUGUAGUUGGCACAUUUACAGUUCCUUUUUGCUCUGAUAUUGUCAAUCAGUUCUUCUGUGAGAUCCCACAAUUAUUAAAGCUCACUUGCUCAGAUUCCAAUAAAGGUGAAAUUGAAAUUCUUGCCUUCAGUAUUAUCAUAGUAUUAGGUUUAUUUAUCUUCAUUUUGGUAAGUUAUAUAAAGAUCUUGAGUGCAGUGUUCAGAAUACCAUCUGCCCAGGGAAGACAAAAGGCCUUGUCCACUUGUCUUCCUCAUCUCAUUGUUGUCUCUGUGUUAAUGUUCACAGGAAUACUCACAUACAUGAAGCUUCCCUCAAAUUCCCCAUCUGAUCUGGAUAUAAUGUUGACCAUUACAUAUUCUCUUGUCCCACCAAUUCUAAAUCCACUAGUUUACAGCAUGAGAAACAAAGACAUAAAGAGAGCCCUAUUCAAACUAUUAGAUCCAAAAUUUUGUUCUAAGCAUUCUUUCCCUACCUCUCCUUCCUAGAUUUGGAUUUAGGAUCUACUUUAUUUGAUUUCCAGUGGGGAGAGGAAAAAAAUGUAUUUCAAAUUCUGACUUACUUUGUUCCAUACUAUAAAUCUUUUUAUUGAUUUUAAUCUUACAAUAUUUCAAUUGUAAAUGUGAAAAAUAUUAACAAGCAUAUCCUGCUAUUAAUUGUUAACUUAUUCUGAUUUUAAAUUUCUCUUGAUAAUUUUUCCAAUAGGUCCCAGUAUAUCAACUAUUUAUCUUUAUCUGGCAUUUUUCUUUUAUAAUAUAUUCUUGAGUUAAGUUCCCUAAAGAUAUUUUUGGCAGAACCUGGGUUUAUGUUUAUUCCAUAGUAUCAAUGUAAUACAAUGAUUUUUAAAGUCCACCUUAAAUUUAAUUUUAUCAUAGUGUACAUAUCUAUGUCAUUCAAGUUUGGCUUCUGGAUAUGUAGUUAGAUAUUUCUAUGAAUGGCAGAGACAGUGUAACAGUGGAUUUGCCAGUCAGGAGUUGGUUCUGCUGAUAGAAAAUGUCUAUAGAUGCAGGAGAAAAUGUAGUUAUCCAUUUGUGAUCUGGAAGAGCUGCUCUUCGCAAAAUGUCUGUAGGAAUUUAGUUUCUUGGGUUGAUUGAGAGAAGCUUGGUAUAAUUUAAAAACAUGACCUAAAUUUCUGUGCAACUUUUUAAGUUUGGCUGACAAAAAAAAUCACCUUUUUAAUCAUCUGAUUCAAUUGAUUUACAGUUUAAGUGAGCAUCAAUGAGAGGGGAAAUAUUUUAAAAGUAUUUUGAAAGCAAAAAGCUUGACAAGAUUAUGAUAUUAGAAAGUUUCAAAUGGGAAAAAAUAACAGUGAUUUUUGUAAAAAAAACUGGAUUAUUUUUCUUUGAUGAAAGUAUAUUUGAAAAUAGUAAACUCUAGUAACCAAUCAGACUUCUCUGUGAAUGAGAAGAUAAAAUAAUGUGAGCUUGAGUGUUUGAAUGUGACUACAGAAAGCUAAGUGAGACUAAAAGACUCAAAAUAGAUAAAAAUAAAGCAGAAAAAGUGAAGCAAGAAAAUAACUGACAUACUUUCACUUUCUUAACAAGCAACCACAAGAAAAACUAAUAAACCUGGAGAAUACAGGGAUUCACCAGAACAAAUUUAUGAUAAUGGCAUUUUUUUUAGCCAUUGCAGAAAUUAUUUGAAGAAUUUGCUUUAAAAAGGUGACUGAAUUAGUUAAAAAAA